AUGCUGGGGAAGACCAUAGUAUCCGCCAUUACAGCAGCCGCUGCUUCCUCUCUGUGCAUGGGCGAGGAGCUCACCGUGCUGAACUCGCCUAGCGUUCAAGACCUUAAGAGUCCACUGCAGCGGGUCGCUUUCGGUUCGUGCAAUGACCAGAGCUUCCCACAGCCGCUGUGGACGAAUAUCGCCGCGCAUAAGCCCGAACUCUGGGUCUGGAUGGGUGACAAUAUCUACGCAGACGUGAAGGAGCUUGGCGAGCCGCGUCCGAUCCCCAUCCCACCACGCAAAAUGUUCGUGGAGGCUUCGCGUGACGUGCUUAUUCGACGAUACAACAAGCUGCUGGCGAAUGAGGACUACGCGGGCUUUGUCAACAAUACACCGAUCAUCGGAAUCUGGGACGACCACGACUACGGCAUCAACGAUGGUGGCAAGUUUUACACAAAUCGCGAGGAGAGCCAGCAGAUUUUUUUGGAUUUCAUCGGCGAACCGAAGGGUACGCCUCGCCGUAAGCAACAGGGUAUUUACACGUCGUACACGAUCGGAUCGGGGGAGCAGACCGUCAAAUUCAUCCUCGUCGACAACCGAUACAACCGCGACAACUACGGCACGAAAAAUGGCAAAUUCCUCGGAGAAACCCAAUGGAAGUGGCUUGAAAACGAGCUCAUGACGUCGACUGCUGCUUUCAACGUCAUCGUGUCAGGAGUUCAGAUUCUCCCUGGUGACCGGUAUCCUGUUGCUGAGUGCUGGGGUCGCUUCCCCAAUGAGCGCGAGAGGCUGUUUAAGCUGCUUCUGGCCUCAAACGCCAAGGGUGUCAUUCUGCUCAGUGGCGACGUACACUUUUCUGAAAUCAACCAAGUUGUGUGUUCCAACGGGACAAACAUUUUCACUGAGAUCACCAGCAGCGGCAUGACUCACAGCUGGAUGGAGUUUCACGUGCCAUCGAUGAGAUACGUUAUGGCUCUGCUGUUCACUUACGCGAACCUUCUACUACCGUGGGAGUUCCGUCCGACGCAGAAAUCUUUUUACGGUCAUCUCAACUGGGGCUCGAUUGAUUUCGAUUGGGAGAGUAAGCCCCACCCUGUCGCGAUGGUGAAAACCCGCGGUGCAGAUGAUAAGGUGAAGCUGCAGUAUGAAUUUGAGUCCAAGCCCUUUUACUCGGACUCUCCCGAGAAAGAUGCGGCCCAGUGUCAAGCUCCACGUCCGAUUCCACGCUGGCAGCACCUCUUCUGGGACGGCUUGUUUGUGGCUACGGUGGGACUUUUCCUGCUUCUUAUCCCAGUGAACGCAUUCGUUCUGCUCUGGCUGGUGUGGUUUUUCAUUAAAAAGACCAUUUAUCCCAAGAAGCAGACAGCAGAGGACAUGGAGAGCAAGAAGACGGUGUAA